UCGACUGAAAUGUUUAAACUUUUGGUAGUGGUUUCCUUUUAUUUGGCAAAGAGUUGGUUAAUUGAAGCAACUGUGUCUGACAAGAGGUAUACCCAUCACCGCGACGUUUCGGAGUACUGUCGACGUCGGGCACUACCUUCUGUGUUCUUAGGCAGGCAUGUCUUGAACGCUAAUUCGCAAGUUCUCCAUUUUUCUAGACUGGAGUUACCGUACAGCUGUUCUAUUAGUGUAAGAGCUGAGUCUGGAAGUAAUAUAAUCCUGGUUGUUCAAUACGUAUCUGCAAAUACAUUGUUAAGAUCCUGUACGGAAGACAAUCAUCAGCUAAUUGUUUACGAGAUAGGUGAAACCUUUGGCGGUUACUGGGGACCUCUGCCGGACUCUAUUAUGCGACAAGAGAUGAAAAACUUCACACAAUUUUACACGUUACAUACAACGAAACCAACAACUACUGUCGAUAGCAGUUCUGACAGUUACGACGAAUACGAAGCGGAGACGACAACUGUGACAUCAACGACGACAGAAAGAAAACUUGUUAAAGGCUCGGAUUAUAUUGAAAUAGAGUUGCCGUUAGUUAACGUGUCUGGGAAUAUUCCACUCAAUCGACUAGAUGAUGUAGAGGAGGUUUUAGAGCUUAUAAACGAUAUCACACCGAGAGAAGGGGCUGAUUACGACACGAGUAUAUUACCAUUGCUACAGUUUUCUAUGGUAACAUCAAAAGAUUCAACGCUCAGUGAAUUUAACAAAGAUAAAUUAAAGUUUGCUUCAAAAUAUUAUACUGGAUUUUAUACUCCUGACCCACGACUUAAUUACGAAACAAUUAACCAAAGGAAACAAAGACUGCCCCACAGAUAUAAUAGUUUUUCAAACAGAAGACUUAAUUUUAAAAAAAGGCUACCAACGUUAUUUUCAAAAGCUAUAUCUACAACAUAUCGUAGGCAGGUCAAUCCUUAUAUAUUUCCAAGAACUGAAGAGGAUGAGAUUUCAUUAUAUUUUACAAAUUCAAUGUCAUCUCCUCAUGAGGCUAGAGAAACAAUAAGUAAACCUCAAGAAAUUAUUGACGAUAUAUUAAAAUCUUUAAGUCACACGACUGAAUCUUACCAAAGUCAAAAUUAUCUUAUCCAGAGGAUGUUAGAUUCGCAACAGAAUUCUAGUGUUUAUUUACGUCCAUAUCAUUACGAAAUGAAUAGUUUAAUAACUAAUGUAACCAGCAAAGAUGUAAUAAUUAAUAUUAAUCAAACAAUAAAUAACGUUACAAUCAGAGGUGUUACAGAAUUAAAGAGGCUGUCUCAUCAAAUUAAAGCGACAGACGCUUACAAUGAUUCGAGUAUUAAGUCUACCGAAAUUACUUUUAAAAACAAAACUACGAAUUUCUUUACGGAUAAUCAAACAGAUUCCUAUUUUACCAACAUUGCGUCGCUAAAUGUAAGCGAAGACAAAAUAAGCAAUAAUGUUAUUUAUACGUACCCGAUUGAAGAUCCAGAACCGGUGACGCAUUCCAUGGUAAAGCAUGAGUCUUGGGAUAAUGUAGUGCGUGCUGCCCCUGUCAUGGCUGUCCUUCUAAACCAAACUCUACCCCCUGACAUUUACGCAAAUAUUAAUAAUCAAGACAAAGUUAAUGAAACUGUUAAAGUAGGAAAAACGAGAGAUAUUCAAAUUUCACGUAAAAAGCGUCACAUCCAACCUUUAGAAAUAAAAAAUGCGAUUCCUCGUGUUAUGACUACGGCUAGAAACUCGUUUACGACAAAGAAAAAUGUAGAGGAAUUUGUCGAUGUCCAAGAUAUAUCACAUCUCGUAGAACUGAAAGACGAUGAGAUACACGGUCGCGUGGCGCUACGCUAUAUGAGGAGCUACGUAGGCUCUACGCUGUUUAAUAUCUGCGACACUCGAGACGCCAAGGCCCGACAUGUAUAUCUCUUCAAUACUUCCAGAAUUGUCAUUGCGAUUAGUAAUUAUACGAUGAAAAAAAUGACAUUGGUGAUGACUCCGGCGCGUGUGCUAAAAAGCAAGGAGAUAAGCUGCCCAGCGGCACACGUCGAGUGCCAGGUGUCUGGUGCCCGCGUCUGCAUCGACUCCAUGAGCGCCUGCGACGGAGUCCCCAACUGUGGCGCAUAUGAUAUAUACGACGAAGACCGCUUGCUAUGCGGCGUGGUGUCCAACUUGUACCACAACGUGUACCUCGCUGCAGGCACCUUUCUUGCCGUCCUCCUCACACUAUUGUACACCGUGCACUACUGGCUGAAGCGCUGCGUGCCUGGUGUCUCUGAGGCAUUCUUCAUCUACACAGAUCGAUCUGAAAAUAUUUUAAACCUUGAGACUAUUAUGCAAAGCCCAAAUGAGGACGACUUGGGUUCGAAAAUGGUGUACGGGGCCCACUUCUUUUACGACGAUACUUUAGACAUGUACAAUGAUAAAACAAAAGAAACCGUAUUUAAGAAAAUGUGGAGAUUCUGUAUAUCUUGUUGCCCUAAAAGGCAUUCAAAAAAGAAAGAUAUAAAAGAUGAAAUUUCCUCACAUGGUUCAGAUACAAACCAACCUCCGGUGAAGCGAUUAUUUUCCUUCGCAGAAUUAGAACUAAGCAAGAUCUCACCAAAGAUGUAUUAUGAUGCAAAUGUUCAAACUGGCGAAAGUUUAGAAAUAGAUCAUCUUCAAACCCAUAAUCUAGAUAACAAUCUGGUUUUAAAUACUGACAAAAACAAAAAGAAUAGAAAAGAAAUAGAAGAAUUGAACAUCUUAAAGUUUUUAAAGGAAUCUAAAUCUGAGUCAAUCCAAUCUUUUCCAAAGACAGAAACUUAUAAAUCUGUAGAUAAUGAUGACAAAAAUCUAUAUUUUAACAAUACAAUACACGAGAAGAGAGAAUUAUCCAGCACUGUUUACGAGCCUCAUAGUUCCAAGUCACAAAAACACGAACAUGUCAAAGUUGUUACUAGAUGUGAUAUACAUUCUGAUAAGGUUGAACCAUCGCUUCUAAAACGUUUACGUUUUGAUGAAGAAGCGACCACAAUACCAUCAACGCAUACAGAUGAAGAAAUUCUAGAAGGAGAAGAACAAUCUAGUACUCAAGUCGUACUGGGAACUGAAAAGUUACGGCGUUCAGAUGAUAUAGAGGAACAAGAAAGUGGGUCUGGUAGAGAAUUUAUGCGUUUCUGGACGAGUGCCAAAGAUAAAAAGGCGAAAAAGAGGAAGCGCAUAGUAUUGCAUUGAAGUAUAACAG